CAAAUAAAAUAAAAGUUAUAAAAAAUUAAAAUUCUGAAUUUGGUAGAAAUCUUUAAACCCUAACCCUUUAAAUUCUUCAAAAAUCAUCCUAAUUUCUUUCUUGCCUUCUCCGAUCUGCAAUCAACCUCAGCAUUUUUCUAUUGCUAACAGGAGGUUGAGGCAAGAUUUUUGCUUUGAGUUUUGAAAGAUGAAAAACACCGAGAGAAUUGCGAAUUUGGCUUUAGCAGGUUUAACCUUAGCACCUCUUGUUGUGAAAAUAGAUCCAAAUGUAAAUGUUAUCUUGACUGCUUGCGUCACUGUGUUUGUGGGAUGUUACCGUUCUGUCAAACCAACUCCGCCUGCUGAGACAAUGUCCAAUGAACAUGCUAUGCGUUUUCCCUUUGUUGGGAGCGCAAUGUUGUUAUCACUUUUCUUGCUCUUCAAGUUUCUAUCUAAGGACUUGGUCAACACUGUCUUGACUCUCUACUUCUUUGUACUGGGGAUUGUUGCCUUGUCGGCAACAUUACUACCAUCUAUCAAACGAUUUUUGCCAAAGCAUUGGAAUGAGGACCUCAUAGUCUGGCACUUUCCAUAUUUCCGCUCUUUGGAGAUUGAGUUUACAAAGUCACAGAUCGUCGCUGCAAUCCCUGGAACCUUUUUUUGUGGAUGGUAUGCUUUACAGAAGCAUUGGCUGGCAAAUAACAUCUUGGGUCUUGCUUUCUGUAUACAGGGAAUUGAAAUGCUCUCUCUUGGGUCUUUCAAGACUGGUGCUAUUCUGUUGGUUGGGCUCUUUUUUUACGACAUUUUCUGGGUUUUCUUCACGCCAGUGAUGGUUAGCGUUGCAAAAUCAUUUGAUGCUCCAAUAAAGCUUUUGUUCCCCACAUCAGAUUCUGCAAGGCCAUUUUCGAUGCUUGGACUUGGUGACAUUGUCAUCCCUGGUAUCUUUGUAGCAUUGGCCUUGCGUUUUGAUGUUUCUAGAGGAAAACAGCCCCAAUAUUUCAAGAGUGCAUUUUUAGGAUACACUUUUGGCUUGGCCCUCACAAUAGUUGUGAUGAACUGGUUUCAGGCAGCUCAGCCCGCUCUUUUAUAUAUUGUACCCGCUGUUAUUGGAUUUUUGGCUGCUCAUUGCAUAUGGAAUGGUGAUGUCAAACAGUUAUUGGAGUUCGACGAGGCGAAGACAGCCAAAUCAUCUGAAGAAGAGAGUGACAAAUCUAGCAAAAAGGUUGAAUGAAGUAAUCUCAAUACCAAUACUUUUGAGACAUAUAACAGUGUUAUACCCCUUUACCUGUAAUACUAAAUUAUUCAGCACCAAACAAUGUAAUAGAUAGAUUUUGUUAUUGAGAAAAAUAUUAGUCUUAUUUUCAGCUCUUGACUAAGGUUUGUUUUAGGGUGAA